AUGGCCGGAGAAAUUAUAACCAUACAAGUAGGUCAAUGUGGUAACCAUAUAGGGAAGCAAUUCUGGUCUCAAUUGGCGGAAGAACACGGCAUUGAAAGAUCAGGCCAAAAUAAACAACCGGACAAUGACAUCCAAAGAGAAGACUUCACUACUCCUUUCUUCAAGCAGAAUGAUGAGAACAGAUACACUCCAAGAGCACUCAUGCUAGACAUGGAACCCAGCGCCAUUACAGAUCUACAAAAUUACUUUCCUGGAUUCUUCGAUACUAGAAAUUCAUGGAUUGUUCAGGAUGAAAUGGGUGCAGGGAACACAUGGUCCAAAGGUUACGAUUGUGGGACAGCUAAUGAGGAUAUUUUUUUAAAUAUGAUCGAUAAAGAGAUUGAUGCAACUGAGAAUUUCGAAGGUUUCCAGUUAUUACAUUCCGUUGCUGGUGGUACAGGAUCAGGUCUCGGUUCAAGCUUGUUAGAAGCCAUAUCAGAUAGAUACCCAAAGAAAUUCUUGUCCACAUAUUCGGUUUUUCCAGGAAAUGAGUCGGAAGUAGUGGUUCAACCUUACAAUACCAUCUUAACUUUACGAAGGUUGGCUGAGAAUAGUGAUGCAACAGUUGUUUUUGAUAAUAAUGCAUUACUAAAUCUAACUGGGAAAGUAUUUAGAGAUCCAAAGACAGAUUAUGAUCAUACGAACCAAUUAAUUGCGGCAACAAUGUCAUCCAUAACAAAUUCCAUAAGAUUCCCAAGCUAUAUGUUUUCCUCUAUACCUAGCAUAUUUUCCACUUUGGUACCGUCACCUGAUUUACAUUUCCUAAUGCCCUCGUUUACACCAUUCACAUCGGAUUACGUGUCUCGUGGGAACACAUAUAAACAAAAUAAUGCAUAUGAUGUCCUUCUAGAUCUAUUAGACAGUUCAAAUUGGUUGGUGUCAACUAAAAGAGAGAAUCCAACUUAUUUUAAUGUCUUUAACACAGUCAUUGGUGAUGUAGAUCCUAAUGAUAUAACGAGAGCCAUGACGAAGAUACAACAACGUGUGAAUUUUGCACCUUGGGCAUCUAAGAUGGUACAUGUAAACAUGGGGAGAAGGUCGCCUUAUCUGGAAUCUAAUUCCACUACAAAUAAGAAAUGCAUCAAUGGGAUGAUGUUGGCUAACUCAACAUCAAUUGUAUCUGUCAUGGAUAGAGCCUGUAAAACAUUUGAUAAAAUAUUCUCCAAAAGGGCAUUCCUACGGACUUUUGAAGAUGGAAAUUUAUUUCAAAAUGGACAAGAGGAAUUUAUUGACUCCAGAGAGGUGGUACAGAAUGUCAUUGAUGAUUAUUUAGCGGCAGAGGAAGACACAUAUUUGGAUGAAGUCCUUAUCGCAGAUGAGAAUAUGUUUGGGGAAUAUACCACUGCAACCAACCAGGUGGAUGCUGAGGGAGAUAAUAACAUGAUAUGA